GAAAAAUAAUAGAAAUCCCUAGUCUUUGUGUUUCCUGAAACCAACCAAACAGGAAGCACAGGCAGUGUUGGAUGUAACUCUAUGAAAGAAACCGGCUUCGGAGUGGCAGAACUUGUUCCAGGAUCCCUUGGGUGUUGUGCCUUUGCCUAGAGAAGGAUGGAGGAGAUCCUAGCUGGUCUGUGUGGGACCAGUCCAAAAGACCCUCUUCCUGUGUGGGUCCAUGACAAUGUUGGACACUGCUUUAACCAGCUGAUAUUAAACAUGAUUCCCCAUGUAAUACUUGCUGUAAUCAGUGCCUGCUACAUAGGAACACCAAGGUCUUCAGUCUCUCAGGCUGUGAACAAACCUGGAUGGAAAUGCAGAAUUGCUGCGUCAUUUAUUCUUACUGGUUUGGCCAUCCUUGACAUAAUCCCUGCAAGUGUCUGGCAACAGAAACUAAAUCCCUUAUACUUAGAAGUAUUGUCAGAUGGCAUUGUCGCUGUGGCAUGGCUUACCCAUAGCUUGGCGCUGCUUGCUGUCUACAAGUCUCCAUACCGUUUCCAGCGUGGCCCAGUAAUUCUACUAAUUCUUCCAAUUCUCCCUGUUCCUUCCCUUAUCAUCACAUUGGUGUGGCACUUCCAGACAGAACUAGGUGAUCAGCAUAUUCAGCCUGUCACUAUCUUCAGGUUGUCCAUACUUUGUUUGCAACUGGUCUCUUUGCUUCUCUAUUUUGUUGGGUACAUCAUUCAUGUUGUUCAGAGGCCAGAUUCUUAUUCUAUCAAUGACUCAUACCAGCAUGAGCCCUUGAUUUCAGGUAUUUCAGAACCCACCUGGCCAGGAGUGGCAGAAGAUGGAGAAAGCUGGCUGUCUCGUUUCUCCUAUGCUUGGAUGAACCCCCUGAUGAAGUGUGGCUAUCAGCAGAAGCUACAUCAGCCACAGGAUACCUUUCAUCUACCUCAAAAGCUCCAAGCCAAUAGAGUCCGCCAGCACUUCUCUUCCUGCUGGCAAAAAAAGGCAGCUCUCAGCCAAGAGCAUGAAAAUACUGCCUCUUCCACAGACAGAUUAUUUGCCCCAAGUGAAGAAUUCUCAGUUCCAAGGUUGUCUCGUAAGACUCAAAAGUCCGUACGCCUUAUGUCAGUGCUGCAUGCCGCCUUUGGGCUACGCUACUAUUCCCUGGGCCUCCUCAAACUGGCUGGCAGUCUGCUGGCGUUCUCUGGGCCCCUGCUUCUGAAUCUGCUGGUCAGUUUCAUGGAGUCGCGCAAAGAACCUCUGAGCAACGGGGUGAUGUAUGCACUUGGACUUUUUGCCGGUUCCUUCCUGGGUGCCAUUUUAAGAAACCAGUUUAGUUACGAGAUAAACAACACAAUGCUGGUGGUGCGCACUGCAGUCAUUUCUGCUAUCUACCAGAAAGCCCUUCGAGUGAGUGGAAGUAGUCUGUCUGGCUUCACCACUGGUGAGAUUGUCAACUUUAUGAGCACCGACACUGAUCGGCUGGUCAACUUCUUCCUCAGUUUCCAUGAAUUGUGGAGCCUUGCCUUCCAGUUUGCCAUUACUUUGUACCUCCUGUACCAGCAGGUUGGAGUGGCUUUCCUGGGAGGGCUGGCUUUGGCUCUGCUACUCGUUCCUAUCAAUAAAGUGAUUGCGAAUCGCAUGAUGGAGAGUAACAAAGAGUUGCUGAAGCACAAGGAUGUACGAGUCAAGCUUAUGACAGAGUUCUUGUGUGGUAUGCGGGUGAUCAAGUUCUACACUUGGGAACAGCAUUUUGGCACAAAAGUGCAUGCUUGUCGAGCCCGGGAGCUGAAGAGUCUUCAAGCCCUCAAGUAUCUAGAUGCUGUGUGUGUCUACCUUUGGGCAGCACUGCCUGUGGUUGUCUCUAUUGUCAUAUUUAUCACUUAUGUUCUACUUGGUCAUCAGCUUUCAGCAACAAAGGUGUUUACAGCUUUGGCCCUCAUUGGGAUGCUCAUUCUCCCUCUCAAUAACUUCCCCUGGGUGUUAAAUGGGAUCUUGGAAGCCAAAGUAUCUUUGGAUCGAAUCCAGCACUUCCUUGAGCUUACAGACCAAGAUCUGGAUGCUUAUUACAGCAGAGCUGGCCCUUCUGACCCAUGUUCUCUGCUAGAAAUGCACAAUACCUCUUUCUCAUGGUCAACACCAAGCUAUGAUAACAGUGAGCCACAAAGACCUAGCACAAGUUUGCAACUUUAUAUUCAAGAUCUAAAGGUGGCAAAGGGUGCACUGAUUGGUGUUGUUGGAAAGGUUGGAUGUGGAAAGAGCAGUUUGCUUGCAGCUAUCACUGGAGAACUGAGAAGACAAGGUGAGCAGGUUUAUAUUUGGAACCUGGACAAAGGAUUCGGAUUGGCUACACAAGAGCCUUGGAUCCAGUUUACCACGAUUCGAGAAAACAUCCUGUUCGGAAAGGAAUAUGAUGCCAGAUUUUACCAGAAAGUAAUAGAAGCCUGUGCUCUCACUGAUGAUUUGAACAUUUUGCCAGCAGGUGAUCAGACAGAGGUGGGUGAGAAUGGGGUGACCCUCAGCGGGGGACAGAAAGCCCGAGUUGCACUUGCCAGAGCCGUUUACCAGGAGAAAGAACUGUACCUUCUUGAUGACCCACUGGCAGCUGUUGAUGCGGAUGUGGCCAAUCACCUAAUGCAGAAGUGCAUUUUGGGAAUUCUUGGACAUAAAACCAGGAUUCUUUGCACCCACAGAACUGAGUUCUUGGAGAAAGCCGACAUCUUAUUGCUGAUGGACAAUGGCAAAAUAAUCCAGACAGGACCACCAGGAGAAAUUCUACCACUGGUAGAGGCUGCCUCUAACUUUAGGAGGAUGGACAAGAGAAAAGAAGACAAGAUAUCUACAGUAGAUAACCAAGAAGAGGUCAUAGAACCUGAGGAGGAAGAAUCAGACCGGGCAAAAUGUCUUCUCAAGCAGGAGGAAGAGAAGAAAGAAGGGGCAGUGGCUUUCCAGGUCUACAAAGUUUAUUGGGUGGCUGUUGGCACCUGCCUUGCAGUGUCGAUACUCUUCUCCUUGCUGCUAAUGCAAGGUUCUAGGAAUGUUUCUGAUUGGUGGCUAUCAAACUGGAUCUCUAGCCUACCUCCUGCAGGAAAUACCACUAUCAACAACACAUUGUUUCUGCCCAAUUUACAGCUGCUGCUCUUCUCCCCUGGGGGACUUGUUUCCCCAGUCUUGGUCUCCAGUACUUCAAAUGGCACUUCAGAUGUGAAAUUUUACUUGACUGUGUAUGGUUGCAUUGCUGGGGCAAAUUCCAUCUUCACCAUCUUGAGGGCAUUCCUCUUUGCCUAUGGCACCAUUCAUGCUGCUACUGUUAUUCACAAUCGGCUGCUUAGACGAGUGGUGAAGGCCACAAUGACUUUCUUUGACACCACGCCAACAGGCCGCAUCCUUAACCGCUUCUCUUCAGACCUGUAUUGUGUUGAUGAUACUCUGCCCUUCGUUCUUAACAUCUUCCUGGCCAACAUCUUUGGACUACUGGGAAUGUUGGUGAUGAUCACUUACGGACUUCCUUGGAUCGGCCUCGUUCUGCUGCCCUUGGCAGUUAUCUACUAUUCCAUCCAACGCUAUUACCGGUGCACCUCCCGCGAACUCAAGCGCCUUUAUAGUCUCACCCUGUCCCCUAUCUACACUCAUUUCUCAGAAACUUUGACAGGGCUCAGCACAAUACGGGCAACUAGGGCCACAGACAGGUUUGAGACAGAGAACCAAGAGCGACUAGAGCUGAACCAGCGUUGCCGUUUUGCUAGCAACACUGCCAUGCAGUGGCUAGACAUUCGACUGCAGAUGAUCGGAGUUGCUGUAGUUACUGCUAUUGCAGGAAUAGCAAUUGUCCAGCACCAGAAGAAACUUGGAAAUCCAGGUCUUGUGGGCUUGGCCCUUUCAUAUGCCCUAUCAGUCACAAAUUUAUUGUCCGGACUCAUUACCAGCUUCACUCAAACUGAGACCAUGAUGGUGAGUGUAGAACGAACAGAGGAAUAUGCCACAGAGAUUCCCAUAGAGCCUCAGGAGAAAUUGAUCCAGGUUAGACCUGACUGGCCAAGCCAAGGUCACAUCGAAUUCCAGCAGGUUGUCCUGGCCUAUAGGCCUGACUUACCCAAUGCCCUGGAUGGGGUAACCUUUACUAUUUAUCCUGGGGAGAAAGUAGGAAUAGUUGGGCGCACUGGCUCUGGCAAAUCCACUCUCUUUUUGGCCCUUUUCCGAAUGGUGGAGCUGACAGGUGGCCAAAUUCUCCUGGACAAUAUUGACACCAGUUCUGUAGGUUUGAAGGAGCUGAGGUCUAGAUUGGCCAUAAUCCCUCAAGACCCAUUUUUGUUCAGUGGCACAGUCCGCGAGAACCUGGAUCCUCAGGGACAACACACAGAUAAUGACUUGUACCAAGUCCUGGAGCAAUGUCACCUGCAGGCAGUAAUUAAACGGAUGGGUGGAUUGGACUGUGAGCUAGGGGAGAGAGGAAAGAGUCUUUCUGUAGGACAAAGGCAGCUUGUUUGUUUGGCCAGAGCUCUCUUGACCCAAGCUAAAAUUUUGUGCAUUGAUGAGGCCACUGCAAGUGUGGAUCAGAAGACAGACAGAUUGCUCCAAGAGACCAUCCGCCAGCGAUUUGCAGAUAAAACUGUGCUGACUAUUGCUCACAGGUUGAAUACGAUCUUGGACUCAGACCGAGUACUGGUGAUGCAUGCUGGCAAAGUAGCAGAGCUCGAUUCUCCCAUCAUUCUCAGCCAGAAGCAGGACUCUUUGUUUCAGCACCUCCUGCAUAGUGGGCAACAGUGAUCCCCCCGAAGAGAUGAACAACUUGGCAGUUACUACCUUGUAACUGGAAACCUUCCCCCUAUAACAGGGCCUUUCCCCUGAUAUUUCCCUUCAUCUUCAGCACAGUCAAAUAUACACUUCACAUCCUGCUGAAGCUCCAGAUUAUAACUAGAAGCCAGCAGAAGAUAUCUACUCCCAAGUGUAUGAACAGAUAUGUUUUCUCAGGUUGAGAAGUACAUAAUUAUUUUUACAAAGAAUAAAUGUCAUUUUCUAAGGGGUCUGUUGAUGCAUGGUUUGAGGAAUGUAUGUAUUUCUUUUGAAAUAUCAAGUCUUUUUGAGUUGUCACUAUGGUCUACUAUGCUGCUGUCAAGUCUUUCUAAAAGGUGGUUGCAUUAAACUGAAAAACUCUGGACAA